AUGAAACUCAGUCAUAUUCACGCUCAUAUUGAGCAACAAUUUUCACUUUCAGAUUUGAUAACACACUCAUAUGACAAUUUUGUAAAAAACGGAUUAUACAGUGUCACACCACAGAGAGUGUAUGCUCGCUUGUCAACAUUAAGUGACGACUGGGAGCGCUUCUGUCUAGAACAUAAGGCCAUUUUGAUAUCUAUUCAAGAGCUAAGUAACGAAGAUAAGCUUUCUAUUAGAACUCAUUUAUAUUUUUCAACCGAUCUUUACACUUCAACACAUGAAAGCUAUGUGAGCGUGGUUGAACGUUUGAAUUCAUUAAUUCAAAGUGAUCAGGGAAGCGCUCCAAGUACGUCAUCUUCACAGGCUGCAUCAUUCUCCACUUCCAGCUUACCGGUGUUCGUUCAUCAUGCAAGACUGCCUCGAAUUGAUCUUCCCAAGUUUAAUGGCACCCCUAACGAUUGGUUACCAUUCAAGGAUUUAUUUAAUUCACUCGUUAUCAAUAAUCCAACAUUAUCUCCCGUAGAAAAACUCCAAUAUCUUAAGACCAGUUUAACUGGAACCGCGUCGUUUUUAUUAAAGAACACAACUUUGGCAGUAGAUAACUUUUUGAAAUCUUGGGAAUCAUUAAACGAAUUUUAUGAGAAUAAACGCUUAUUGGUUAACGCAGCAUUACAAUCGUUGUUGUCUCUUAAACGUAUGACGAGGGAAUCAUCCGUUGAGCUGGAAAAAUUGUAUACAAGUUUCAUGCAAAUUUAUAGAACUUUAGAAAAUUUGAAUCGCCCAGUAGCUUUUUGGGACGAUUUUUUGAUUUUCAUCAUAUUGCAACGCAUUGAUUCGGAGUCCGUGAAAACGUGGGAACAACAUUUGGGCUCCUCAAAGGAGAUUCCCACUUGGGCUCAGUUAAAUGAAUUUUUAGUCUCUCGUUUACUAUCUUUGAAGGCCUUCGAGAAAUCUCGUACGGGUAAAGGUGAUUCGCAACCAUUCCAGAAUACCGUUAAAGCCCAUUACCACGGAAAAGCAAAGGAGUUUGUUAGCGCCGAUACAAAAUCAUGUCCGCUUUGCAAAGAGAAACAUUACAUUAUGUCAUGCCCCAGUUACUCUAAUAAAUCUGUUCAGCAACGUACUGCAAUUAUCAAGAAACACAAACUUUGCUUCAAUUGUCUUGGUUUCCAUUUGUCAUCACAAUGCAAAAGUACUAAACGGUGCACUAAGUGUGCCGCUAAACAUCACACUUCUAUUCAUCAAACGCCUCUUCAGAAAACUACUUCGAAACCUGCUACAAGCGAAUCUGACAUUACACUUAGUAAAAAUGAAGCACAAGUACUGCAUUCUUCUGUUGAUAAAGCUAACGAGUCAAAUAUUUUACUAGCAACAGCUUUUGUUAGCAUCUCUGGUUUAAAUGGAAGGAACGCCAAAUCACGGGCACUCAUAGAUCCAGGAUCCGAAGUCUCCCUGAUUACAGAACGUCUGGCUCAACGACUACAUUUUACACGUUUAUCAUCCAAAGUCUCUCUUAUAGGAGUUGGUGCUCAAAAAUCAACAAGUUCUAAAGAUCUCACAACAUUUACACUGUCACCACAUUUUGAAUCUCCCUUCAGUCGAGUAGUGUACGCUCAUAUCCUACCAAAGCUUACAACAUGUAUUCCGUCUGAGGACGUGGACCCAAGUUCUUGGACCCACUUACACAAGAUCAAGAUGGCUGAUCCUGAAUACUAUCGCCAAGGGCCCAUUGACAUAAUACUUGCAGCCAAUGUUUAUGGGCGCAUCCUUUUAAAUGGAGUUGUCAAAGGUUCCGAGGAUUCUCCUAUUGCACAACAAACUCACUUGGGCUGGAUUGUUUCUGGACCAACAGAAGUAAUGAACAUUCCAUCUAUUGUACAUGGAUUUCAUGUCUCACGUGAUAUAGAUCUCUAUGAUCUUCUACGCAAAUUCUGGACAUUGAAGGAAAUUCCGUUAAAUACAAAAUCGCAUCUCUCACCAGAGGAACAAGAAUGUGAGGACUAUUUUAUUACUACACAUUCUAGAGAUCAACGAGAUCGUUACAUCGUUAAGCUUCCCUUCAAGAAGUCCGUAAAUCUUUUGGGAGAUUCGUAUGCCAGGGCGUCAAAGUUACUUACAAAAUUAGUUGAUCGAUUUAAACAGAACAAGGAGUACUCUAAAUAUUAUUCGGCUUUUAUUUCUGAAUACGAAGAGUUACAACACAUGCGACUCGUUGACGAGGAUUUAAGAUCACCUCCUCAUACAUUUUAUAUUCUACAUCAUGGAGUCUGGAAGGAGCAAAGUCUCACGACAAAAUUGAGAGUCGUGUUCAAUGGUUCCAGCCCCACUACAACCGGAUAUUCUUUGAACGACAUUCUCCAUACGGGAUCUAAGUUGCAAACCGAUAUUUUUGACGUCCUGAUUUGGUUCCGUCUGUUUCGUUAUGUCUUUUCUACCGACGCGGAGAAAAUGUUCAGACAAAUCAAAGAUGCUGACAAGGGCCGUCGCAUUUACGAGUUAACAACGGUGACUUACGGACUAGCUUGUGCUCCUUACCUUUCUCUACGAGUCUUUAAUCAACUAUUACGGGACGAAGGAUCGAAAUAUCCUCUAGUGGUUCCGGUUUUGGAGAAGGGAAGAUAUGUGGACGAUAUCUUUGGUGGAGCGGAUUCGAUCGAAGAGGCUAAGGAAAUCUCUCAGCAAUUGAUAGGGAUUUGCAUGGCGGGCGGCUUUAAAUUACGGAAAUGGAUAAGCAACCAUCCACUGCUGUAUGACCCGCUUGGUUUAUUGUCUCCUAUCAUCAUUACUGCCAAGAUCAUUAUUCAAGAGUUAUGGACUUUAAAGUUGGACUGGAAUGAUCCUUUGCCUGAUUCCGCAAAAAAACGAUGGUUGGAUUUUAUCAAAAGCCUAACAGGUUUACAUCAACUUACAUUCCCUCGUUGGGUACAUUAUACGACUAUCUACCCGAUGGAAAUUCAUGGCUUCUGUGAUGCAUCCCAUCAAGCAAUUGCUGCCGCUGUGUACAUCAGAGUGACUGAUACGCAAGGAGUUACUCAAACCGCUCUCUUAACAUCAAAGACAAAGGUAGCUCCGUUAAAGAAGCUCACCAUUCGUCGCUUGGAGUUGUCUGGAGCUUGUCUAUUGACUAGACUUGUAUCCCAUGUACUCAAAGUUUUUACCUCCGCUAAUAUGCCUAUCGUUCUGUGGACUGAUUCGUCCAUUACAUACACAUGGAUAAAUAAUCAUCCUUCUCGCUGGAAGGAAUUUGUACAGAACCGAGUCUCCUUUGUUCAAGAUACUCUUCCUCAAGCAAGAUGGAGAUUCGUACCGGGGAUUGAAAAUCCUGCUGAUCUAGCAACCAGAGGACCGACCCCUGCUCAGCUCUCAGAACUGAUUACAUGGUGGACAGGUCCACCUUGGCUAUUGCAAUCACCGGAAAGUUGGCCUGUCAUGCCAUCAACCACCAAACAAAGUGAGAUUCCUGAGGAAAGACCUGCUAAAGCAAACAUAGUGAGAAAACGCCUUGAACUGUGGGAGCUGAUAUACAGGUUUCAUGACCUCAUCAAGCUUCUUCAUGUCACCGCUUUAUGUCUCCGAGCCGCCUCUCACUUUAAGAGAGAUCCUCAUAUAAAUACAUCACUUACCGCUACUGUUAAGGAGGUAGAAAUAUCCAGGUUCUUCUGGGUCCAGCGUAUCCAGAGAGUCUAUUUCCAUUCCGAGAUUGAUACACUAUCUAAAGAAGAAGUCUUACCAAAGAGCAGUGCCUUGUUACGGCUUAGUCCAUUCCUGGACGGUCGCGGUCUGCUGCGAGUAGGAGGACGGUUACAACAAUCCCUCCUUGAUUAUUCAGAGCAGCAUCCACUGAUUAUUCCAAAGAAGUCGCCACUGACCGAUUUAUUAAUAGCCGACGCUCAUGCUAAGACACUACACGGUGGUACUCAGAUUACCUUAUCCUACAUAAGGAAAACUUAUUGGAUCGUUGGGGGUCGAAUUCCUGUGAAGACAUUUAUCCUGAGGUGUGUCACAUGCGCACGAUUUCGACAGGAAAGAGCACGACAGUUGAUGGGACAACUUCCGAAAGAAAGGGUAACUCCUUCUCGACCUUUCACACACACCGGAAUUGACUACGCCGGUCCUUUUACAGUUAAAACAUGGAAAGGGAAAAACGCAAGAACGUAUAAGGUAUACAUUGCUCUCUUCGUAUGCUAUUCCUCAUCUGCUGUCCACCUCGAGCUUGUGACAGAUUAUACGGCGGAUACGUUCAUCGCAGCAUACAAGAGAUUUACCGCACGGCGAGGAAUAUGUACGACUCUCUCGAGCGAUUGCGGUACCAACCUCAAGGGUGCUGAUUCUAAGCUACGGCGGUUAUUCACUCAGGCCACCAAAGAAUCAGAUAGGUUAGCCAUACUAUUGGCUAGGAAUGGAACUGAGUGGAAAUUUAAUCCACCGGCCGCUCCACACUUUGGAGGUAAAUGGGAGGCAGGAGUCAAAUCGGUGAAAUUUCACCUGAAUAGAGUAGUGGGAAACGCCUUACUCACAUACGAAGAGUUCAUUACUCUAUUGACACAAAUAGAGGCAGUACUCAACUCGAGGCCGCUGUCACCUCUAAGUGAAGACCCUGAAGACUUGGCUCCACUCACUCCAGGACAUUUGCUGAUGGGCUGUGCACCUACCGUCAUUCCUGAGCCCUCUAUUGAGUCGGCUAAAACAUCGCACCUUUCCAGAUGGCAACUGAUUCGCCAGAUGUUAGAGAGUUUCUGGACUAGAUGGUCCAAAGAGUGCCUGCAGAGGUAUUAUGCGAGAUACAAGUGGAACAAACCAACUCCAUCUCUGAAAGAAGGUACUCUGGCCUUAGUGGUUGACGAAAGAUACCCUCCCUCAAAAUGGCCUCUCGGGCGUAUCACUCAGGUUCAUCCUGGUAAAGAUGGUCUAACUCGAGUCGUAACAGUACGUACUCAAUUAUCUGUACUGAAACGUCCUAUUACCAAGAUUUGCCCUCUCCCUAUUAUUCAUGAAACUCUUUAA